ACGGUUGGGCCGCGUACACGUUCGCGCAUGUAAAACACCCGCCCACAGCGCUCCGCGCCUGGCAGCCGUGGGCGCUGACGUGCUCGCUAGUGUCACCGGGUCAGCUGAUCGCGGGAUCGUUAAGCCGCUCGGCUGGCUAGCUGCGUUAGCUACCCGUGUUAGCUAGCCCCCCACUUGCACGUUGUGUAACUUGAGGAGGCUUACCAAGCUGGCACUUGUGCACACGCACACUACUUUAUGUCGUUAUUGAGGCGUGUGCCACUACUAACUCCGCUCGUAGCUAUCCCCCCACCUGCUGCCAAAUCGAAGCUACGGAAGCCCGGCUGCUCUCUCUCUCCGCCCGGGCAGGGGAGGGCGAACUUGGUCUCGGCGUGUCUGCAUUGCAGCCUCCGGCGCUGCUGAUGGAAAUCAAACACACAACAAUGGCGACUUUCAGUCCCAACAACUCGACAACAUCCGCCGGCGGCCACAACAGCAGCAGCGGCGGCGGUGCAGGAGCCGCGGCGCAGCAGCAGCAGCAGCAGCAGUCCCAGGCUCAGCACGUCACCACCAUGAGCAGCAUGCAGGAAUCCAACACCUGCUGGAGAUGUCAGAGUGAAACAGGGUUUCAGAUAAACCUGUCUGGAGCGCCCCCAAGCAAACGCAAAGCCCUGAAGCUUAACUUUGCCAACCCUCCAAUCAAAUCCACCACUAGAUUCACACUGAAUACAGCGGGUCCUCCAUUCCAGAACCCUCACAUAGAAAGGCUGAGGACACACAGUAUCGAGUCAUCAGGGAAGUUGAAAAUAUCCCCUGAGCAGCAUUGGGACUUCACAGCCGAGGAUCUCAAAGAUCUGGGCGAAAUCGGGCGAGGGGCUUACGGCUCUGUCAAUAAGAUGGUGCACAAGCCAAGCAACCAGAUCAUGGCUGUCAAGAGAAUUAGAUCAACGGUUGAUGAGAAGGAACAAAAGCAGCUGUUAAUGGACUUGGACGUGGUCAUGAGAAGUAGUGACUGUCCCUACAUCGUACAGUUCUAUGGUGCCCUUUUCAGAGAGGGCGACUGUUGGAUAUGUAUGGAACUUAUGUCUACCUCGUUUGACAAAUUCUACAAAUAUGUAUAUUGCUCAUUAGAUGACGUGAUUCCAGAGGAAAUAUUAGGCAAAAUAACAUUAGCUACUGUGAACGCACUUAACCACUUAAAGGAAAACUUGAAAAUAAUACACAGAGAUAUCAAGCCAUCGAACAUCCUCCUGGACAGAAAUGGCAACAUAAAGUUGUGUGACUUUGGCAUCAGUGGUCAGUUGGUUGACUCAAUCGCCAAAACCAGGGAUGCAGGUUGCAGACCAUACAUGGCGCCUGAGAGAAUAGACCCCAGCGCUUCCAGGCAAGGCUAUGAUGUUCGGUCAGAUGUAUGGAGUUUGGGAAUCACACUGUAUGAGCUGGCCACCGGGCGGUUUCCCUACCCAAAGUGGAACAGUGUGUUUGACCAGUUGACGCAGGUGGUUAAAGGAGACCCUCCACAGCUCAGCAACUCAGAAGAGCGGCGGUUCUCUCCCAAGUUCAUCACCUUUGUCAAUCUGUGCCUUACAAAGGAUGAGUCAAAAAGGCCAAAGUACAAAGAGCUGCUGAAACACCCAUUCAUUCAGAUGUACGAGAAGCGCUCUGUUGAUGUCGCCGGUUAUGUCUGCAGGAUCCUGGAUCAGAUGCCAUCCUCUCCCGGCUCACCCAUGUAUGUGGACUGAUACCGGAGCACAAGACAAAAAUGAACAACAGCCUGAAAUGAGAACGAGAUCAAAACCAUAAAUGACAACAAAGUAAUCAAAGCCUGGUGUAAAUUUGCUUGGUCCCGUUAUUGCAGUGUUACAGAGAAGAAUUGUACAAAAAAAGUUGAAAAAAAAAACGAAAACUUAAAACACGCCACGUACAGUUAAAAAAAAAGUGGUGUUCAUUUCAGUCACAUCCAUAUAACAUAUGAACGUUCACACAUUUCUUUCUUUCUUUCUCUCCAUAAACCCAGACACGUGCACGCACACACACAAAAACACACACACACACACACACACACACACAACAGACACACAGCUUCACAUUCAUGUAAGUAUAAUAGUAACGGAACCAGUCAGCCAUGGUCUUCACUCAUGUCGAUGCAAGACCUCAUCUCCAAAGUGGAACAGAAUGAUGAUUCAGAACAAGUAAAAAAAAAAAAAAAAAAAAAAAGGAGAAAAAAAAGCCUGGAAAUGUAUUUAUAGAGCAAAAUUCACAUGUGGAAUAUUUAAUUUGGAGACUUUGAAACAUACUGGAAUCAUGCUCUUUGUGAAUCGUCCAGAUUUCUUCCAUGUAUGUGAGUCAAAGCAUUGUGUUUGGUAUUGUAAUGGAACUUUGCUUCUUAGGGUAUUAAGCAGUUUAAAUGGUUAAAAAAGGGUUAAUGCAUCGCUGGACAGAAUCAUGUUUUACCUACUGUCCCCUGUGAGAUGGCUUUCCUCGCUGCAAUGGACGAUAUAAAUAAAG